CUGCCCACGCUUUUACCCUGCCUGCCCCGGCCGGCCUGGUGGGAUGCAUGCCACUGCGUGCAUGGAUGCAUUUGGCAUGCUGCAGUAGCAGUACUACUGCUCGCCUUCCGGCGCCCUCGUCUUCUUUAUUAACAACCAUGCGCCACACUAAAAAGCUCAAGCGGUUCCAUCUGCCACUCCAGUUCGUUUUCGUUCAGUUCCUGUGUGCAGUGCAGGCCGGUGCGUGAGAAGAGGUAGCCUUCAGCGCGAAGGCCGCAGGGCCGCGCGGGCUGGGAGAGAUACCAUACCAUGGGGCACCACUCCUGCUGCAACAAGCAGAAGGUCCGGCGGGGCCUGUGGUCGCCGGAGGAGGACGAGAAGCUCAUCAAGUACAUCACCACGCACGGCCAUGGCUGCUGGAGCUCAGUCCCCAGACAAGCAGGGCUGCAGCGGUGCGGCAAGAGCUGCAGGCUGAGGUGGAUCAACUACCUGAGGCCGGACCUCAAGAGGGGAAGCUUCUCGCAGCAGGAGGAGGCCCUCAUCGUCGAGCUCCACAGGGUGCUUGGCAACAGGUGGGCCCAGAUCGCCAAGCACCUGCCUGGUAGAACCGACAACGAGGUGAAGAACUUCUGGAACUCCACCAUCAAGAAGAAGCUCAUCUCACAGGCUGUGGGCAGCCUCCACCCCGACCUGUACUACAACAUUCUGGAUGGAGCUGCAGUGCAGGGCCUCGCGGCCGCCGGAUGCGCGCCGCUGAACGGGGCGGCGGACAGCGCGUCAGCUCAAGCAGCGGUGGGCGUCACGCAGUCUCCUCCUCCUAUGCUGCACAACAACCCCGCGGCGUGGUCGGAUUUCGGCUCCCAGCCGCUCUUCCUCCCCGGCCACGGCGGCAUCCAUGGGGGCGGCGGCGAUCUCCAGUACGCCGCCGUCGACGGGGAGUUCGUCAAGCAGUGCCGCGCGGCGGACUCUUACCCGCCGCCGGAGGACGGCGGCGGCUACGCGAGCCAGUGCAAGCCACCACCAGCUGCCGAUGUCGUGCCACAACAGGAAGGCGCCAUGGCGCGGAGCCUGAUCCCGGCGGUGUUUCUUGAACCCAACAAGUGUGCCGCUGGCGAUUUCAUGCCCGAACCGGCUAUGGCUCCAGUGAUGGACUUCAUGGAAGCCAUCCUGGCGGGGUCGUCGUCGACGUCGGCUGCCAGUGCUUCCUCUCUCGACAGCUUCUCGGCGAACGCCGGCAUGCAGUCUCAUUGUUGGAUUCCCUGAAUUCUUCAAUUCGUCUUAGCACUUCAAUUCGAUUCGAUAGAUGGACGAUUCAAUUCAUCAUCAAGCACUAAGUAUCAGAUAUAAUUAAGUAUAGAAUUUAUGAAAUAAUCAAUAGAGUUUUAGGUUUCUCUCAGGGUAGUAACAACAUAUAUAAGUUACAUGUGAAUAUGUUUACGUAUAUAACGUUAAUGUGUAGUCAAGGUAAGUAUAUAUAUAAGUGGGUGUCAGUCACGUGCAAAGAAGGAAUAGUACUUGAAACUCCUUUACA